AUGGAGACGGAGAAAUCUGUUGCGGCAAAAAUUAAAAAGGUUAGAAAUGAUAUACCUAAUGAUCUUGUCUUCUCUAUUUUGUCAAAAUUGCCUGUGAAAUCAUUGAAUCGUUUUGGAUGCGUACGCAAAUCGUGGUCUAUCUUAUUUAAAAAUCGUUAUUUCAUGAGCAUGUUCCGCAAAAAUUUAUUAUGUAAGAAUCAUUCUUAUUACAAGGAUACCUCUUUACUCCAACUUGAAACUGUGACCAUCGAUUCUGAACUUAAAUUUGUGUUAUAUUCUCUUUCUGGCGAGAGGUAUCAGAAUAAAACUAAAUUAGACUGGCCAAAUCUAUUUGAAGAGGCUGACCCUGAAUUUGAUGUGGUGGGAUCCGGUAGUAUUAAUGGGAUUCUUUGUCUAGUUAGCAAAUCACAACCAAAUAAUAGAGUUGUAUUCUGGAAUCCAACUACCGAUGAAUUUAAGAUUGUUCCUAUUAGCCUUCGUGAGUCUGUACGCCAUGUGGAUGUUGAAAUUACUAGACAUGGUUUUGGUUAUGUUUCUAUUGCAGAUGAAUAUAAGCUGAUUAGACAGGUAAUGUAUAAUCCAAAAAGUGACACUGAUGAUUCAUCAUUAGAAGAUGUAUCUUAUGACCUCUUUUGGGAGAUAUAUAGCCUACGAAGUAACUCGUGGAGGGAACUUCAUUCUGAUGUCCCUUAUGAUUAUAGAGAAGAUGGAAUUUGCUUGGAUGGAAUGUGUCAUUGGUUGGGUGAAGAUGGCUAUGACAUUGAUAGAGUUGAUGAGGUAUAUCUAUUAUCAUUUGAUCUAAGCAAAGAGGCCUUCCUUAUAACACCCAUACCCUCAGAGUGUGACAGUCGAAUUUUUCAAAUGGCAUGGAAAGACUUGGUGGUUUUAAAUGGAUUCAUUGCUUUAAUAUCACAUUAUAAACAAAAUGAUACUUUUCAUAUAUCUAUUUUAGGUGAAAUUGGUGUGAAAGAAUCAUGGACUAAACUUUACAUUGUUUGUCCCCUACCCUGCAUUGAACGUCCUAUCACAUCUGGAAAUAAGAGAUAUAUAAUCUCUAAUGUAGUGGAUGGCACACUAGUUUGUAUUGACUUGAGUACUCUGAUGGUCGAGCAACUCAAUAUUGACUUGAGUACUCUGAUGGUCGAGCAGCUCAAUUUUGAAGGAUAUAGAUUUUGGGGUAAGACAAUAAUUUAUAAACAAAGUAGUCUUCCAAUUGGAGGAAUAAACCAAUAA